AUGAGUAAUGAAACAGUUGAGAUUUUGCGACAAGAGCGCGAUCUUCUGAAACAAGAAUUAGAAAGGAUUAAUUGUGAAUUUGAGCAGACAACACAUGAAAAAAAUUUGUCUGCUCAGUACGGACUUGUGUUGCUAGAUGAGAAACGAGCUCUACAACAACGUUGUGAAGAUUUGGAAGCUUGCUAUGAUAGCGUGAAAGCGGAAUUAGAUUUGUUGCGUGAAGCCUUGGCAAAGUAUCAAACAAGUCAAAAGGAAACUGCAACUAGUGGUAUUGAACAAGAGGAAAGCUUACUUCUGGAGACAGCUAGUAAGGAGGCAUCGUUUACUUCUGCUGUGCAAGAAUUAGAAAAAGAACUAAAGCAGGCUCGUCUUGAAGUGUCCCGUGUAGGAGUUGAAAAGGAAAGGAUCUUGCAAGAGAAUAUUGACCUUGCUAAGAAUUGUGAUGUAAGUGAAUGGGAAAAAAGGAAUUACAAAGCUGAACUCAAAGAUCUAAAACUAAGAGAGGCUCGUCUCUUGAGUGAUAACAAUGAGCUUGAAGAAGAAAAUAUAUCCCUGCAGAAACAAAUUUCGUCACUCCGAUCAUCUCAGGUGGAAUUUGAAGGAGCGAAACAUGAGGUUCGUCGUUUGCAGGAGGAAAUUGAUAAUGCUCAAGGCCAAAUCGAAGAACUUACCUCCCUAAAACGCAUUACAGAAAAGCAAUUAGAAGAAGCUUUAGAAGCCUUACAGUCUGAGAGGGAACAGAAAUAUGCUCUGAAAAAAGAACUGGAUCAGCGUGUCAAUUCUGAAUCCAUUUUUAACAUUAACAACUUAGGAUUUUCAGGAUUUGGACUUGGAAAUUUUAACCAAGAUGAAGUUGACAGGUCAGAAGAAGAAGGUGAAAAUGAAAUCACUAUUACUCAAGCUAACUUACCUUCUGAGACUGAUACUGUAAAGAAGCCUCAAACAUCAACUGUUGGAGAUUUAUUCAGUGAAUUACAUCUUUCUGAAAUACAUAAACUAGAGAAGCAGUUGGAAGUAGCAGAGAGUGAAAAGUCUAAGCUGUCAACUCGACUUCAAGAAGCGCAGCAACAUCUUGAGAAGACUAAGGCUGAGCUGAGUGACCAGAAGAGCAGAGUGCAGCGAAUGAUUGAACAUAUAAAUCCUUUAAUUUUAUUGCAUGAAAAAGAUGAAGACGGAAGUGGUUUAGAUGAAUCAGAAAAGCAUGAACGACUUUAUCAGUUAGCUGUGCAACAAGUUGAGCAACUAAAGAAUGAUGUUAAAGGUUUGCAACAGCAAGGUGCUACAAUUAGUGAAGAUGAUGAAGUAAUGAAUCGUAAACUUAGGGAAGAAGUUACAGAUCUAAAAGUAAAGAUGCAAACAUAUGCCAAUAAAGUUAGAGAAUUGGAGGAAGAUUUGUGCAUAAUGGGUGACAUUGCCAGAGAAACUAGACUUUCUUUGACUUACACUCAGGAUGAUCUGGUGGCUGUUUCAGAAGAACUAGCUCAAUUAUAUCAUCAUGUUUGUAUGGUAAAUGGAGAAACUCCUAGUCGUGUUAUGCUGGAUCAUGUAAAAGGCUCACACAUUACAGGAAAUGAUUCUGGUUUAGAUUCUGAAACUUCUGAGGGAAGCAAAGAACAGCCAUAUAGCUCAAUUUUUGGUUUAAAUAUUAGCAAGCUAGAUCUACUUAAAGAAAAAUUGAAAAGUGAUAUUGCCAUUAAAGCUCUAUUGGAGGAACCAGCUAAAAAUGAGAACAAAAAUGGUUCUUCUGGUGUGAGCAAUAGACUACUGGAUACCAUUAGGGACCAGCUGACUCAUUUGACUAAAGCUGUAGAAAAUACAAUUGAAAUUAAUUGCCAGAAAAAUUUGCAUGGUGGUAAUCAAGAGCAUUCUUCAUUAGCUGAAGUUGAAGAUUUACAAGAACAAGUCAUCAAACUUAAAUCUCUUUUAUCGACCAAACGAGAACAGAUAGCAACUCUGCGUACUGUUUUGAAAGCGAACAAACAAACGGCUGAAGUAGCCCUAGCCAACUUGAAGAGCAAAUAUGAAAAUGAAAAAGGAAUUGUGAGUGAAACUAUGAUGAAGCUUCGCAAUGAGCUUAAAGCUUUGAAAGAAGACGCUGCCACUUUUGCCUCUUUAAGGGCCAUGUUUGCUGCUCGCUGUGAAGAGUAUGUCACCCAAAUUGAUGAAAAUCAGAGACAAAUAUCUAGCUUUGAGGAAGAGAAAAAGACUUUAAAUGCACUGUUGAGAUUAGCUGUCUCCCAAAAGUUGGCCACUUUACAAAAACUUGAAGAGAUUGAGAUGGAAAAAGACAAAAGUCACAGCCGGAGGCACACCUCCCGUGGUCGAAAUGUUUACACCAGGGGCAGUAGCAGUGGAAAUCAUCCCUCUUCUGGCAGUAAUAGUGCCUUCAGCAGCAGUAGACAUUCUCAUGACAGCAAUACUUAUCAUUCUCGACGUGAUUACUAAUUAAUAUUUACAACAUCAAUGUGUAUAUGACAUUUGUUAAGUGAUUUUUUAUAUAUCAAAUAAAAUAUUUA